CGGCUUCCGCGACGACGACGACGACGACGACGCUACGACGUAAACCGAUAAUUACAUCUGGACAAAAUUAUCGAUCUCGACGAAUGGUCCAACAACGUCAAGAUUGGCUUAAUAAUAAUAAACGACAUAUCGAUCAUUCAUUAUCAAUGGAUGCUAGCCAUUUUAAACCUUAUGUUCGAAUGUCAAAAUCCUAUCAACUGGAUCAUCAUUAUCCCGAUAUUAUUGAUCAACAAAAUGAAUUGAAUAAUCAGUUUCAAAAUUUACCCCAUCAAUUGGAAAACAUUCCUGAUCAUAUUGAAAGUAUUGGAUCGAUUGUUCAUAUGCCACAUUGUCCAAGAUAUCAGCAACAACAAACAAGAACACAAGAGAAUAUCGAUUGGACGUCAUAUUGUUCGCCUUUGUUCAAUAAUGGUGGUGUUCGUGAUCAAAAUUCUUUCUCAUUAAAACUAAAUUCAAGCUGGCCUUCAUUAGGUCUGAAUAAUCAAAAUUUACGGCCAAAUGAAUUAUUCGAAAAUUAUUCCACUGAAUUUCUUAAUCAUCGAUAUGGAGAUAAUUUUAGUGAAAAAAUGAUUGCACUCAACAACAAUGGUGAUGAUGAUGAUGAUGAUAUUGCUGAUAGCCAACACAACGACCAUGGCGAUGAUGGUGGAUCUAAUAUUGAUUCCAAUAGUAUUGAAUCUGAUUCUUUAAGCUUUUGGCUAUGGACACGAAUCAUUCAUCCAUUUUCUCAAUGUUGUAUACAAUUCUGGUAUUGUUUUACGGCCAAUGAACAAUUCAAAAAAGAGAUGAUCAAACGACGUACAAAAGCACAAGAAAUGUGUGCAGUAAAUAGUGUUUCAAUGAUCGACAAAGUAAGCCGAAUACUAUUUCCAUUCGUAUUUUUCAUACUCAACAUGGCAUAUUGGACAUUCUACAUAAAUGAACGAAAUUCUGAUUUUAUCCAAUGGGAACAAUGAUUUAUAUUUUGGAUCAAUACAAAAUAUAUGAACAUAUAUACAGGGUUAGAUCAAUAUUUAUAAAAUAAAAAUAAUUGUUUGACAACUGA